UCCUGCUGGACAGGAUAUCUGCUGUGUGCCAUCUGCCUCCACGAUCACCGAAGCAUCUCUUUGCACCACCUUCGUUCGGGGCCGAUGAGGUCCGAGGCCAUGGCUCCUACGCCCAGGACAUCGUUCAUGGACGACCACGACCACGACGAUGCCGGACGAGAGGGACACGACUACUCGUCUCCCUCUUCCUCUGCCUUCAGCUGCGGCACCUCUGAAGGGUCACGCAUAUGGUGCAAUCGCGCCGACACCAUGGGCGUCAUCAUGGCCACCAUGGCGCUCGCCGCGCUGGCGUACGGGGAGUUCGUGGUGUUGUGGGUGGUUUUCUUCACGGGCAAUUUCGUCAUAGCGAACGCUGUGAUCUACACAAUCCUAACCGUGAUGGCCGUAUGGUGCCACCUCAAGACGAUGCUUUCGGAACCGGGCGUAGUCCCGAGGGCGGCCUUGCCUCUGAGGGAGGAGAGCGAGGAAGGGGCGGCGGCGGCGAACCACACGCUGUGCGGGCGAUGCGAGUCGUACAAGCCCACCAGAGCCCAUCACUGCCGGCUCUGUGGCCGCUGCGUGGUGAGAAUGGACCACCAUUGCCCGUGGAUGAACAACUGCGUGGGGAUUGCAAACCAGAAGUACUUCAUCCUGUUCCUCUUCUACGUGCUGGCAGUCACGGGGUACGCGAUCGGCCUCGUGCUUUACCACUUCGUGGAGUGCGUGGCGGAGGAGUACUGCGACGACUACAGCACCCUCACGGCGAACCUGAUCCGAGCGGUGCUGGUGAUUGCCGCCGCGGCAAUGGUCUUCACGCUCAGCAUGCUGCUGAACCAGUUCCACGGAGUCAUCACUGGUCUGGGCACGGUGGACAGGAUGCAGCGCAGGAGAAAAGAGGGGAGAGUCAGGGGGGGACCCGAGGACUUCCGCCCCUUGCGUUGGGCCGACAUUUUCGGAGACGGGAACAAGCUCAUGUGGAUUUUCCCCACGGACCCGCACUUCCGCAAGCCCCAGAGAGAACGGAUCCUCGGCUUCCGGGAGCCUCCUGCUGCCCGAAGGCACGAUUACGAGGACGUUUGA